AUGCGAAACAUCCUGUCGAUCCGGCACCCAAGGUAUGCAGCAUCCGGGUGUUCAUUUAAAGAUCUUCAUUACACGUAUCGCGUUGGUGUAUCGACUGUUAGCAACAUUAUUAAAGAAAUUUCAAGAUGCAUAUGGAACAAUUUAAGUGAAAAAUUUAUGCGACUUCCUAUAUCAGUCGACGAAUGGGAACAGAUAGCAAGAAAACAUAUCUGA